AUGUUGCAAACCAGCAAUACUCGUUGCUAUGCAGAUGACAGUACGUGUGAUACUUUCUACACUGGCCAAGCUAAUAUCCCCCGGGCGGAAGUGGAAGAGAGGAGAUUACAACUUGUGUCUGAAAUCGAGACUUCCUUGGAGCAAGUCUCCGAAUGGGGUAGACGCAACCUCGUCCAAUUUAACCCCUCGAAGACACAAGUUUGCGCGUUCACCGCUAAGAAGACCCCCUUUUCUGUAGCACCUUGUUUUCAGAAGACAUCCCUAAAUAUCACUAAAAGUAUUGGGAUCCUUGGGGUUGACAUUACGAACGAGGUCCAAUUCCGGGGUCAUUUGGAGAGCAAAGCUAAAUUGGCUGCAAAAAAGCUCGGGGUUCUGAACAAGGCGGGCCGGUACUUCACAUCGGGACAUCGAUUACUGCUCUAUAAAGCUCAGGUCCGUCCCCAUGUGGAGUAUUGCUCGCACCUUUGGGCAGGUGCCCCUCAAUACCAACUCCAUCCAUUUGACUCCAUCCAACGCCGGGCAAUUCGCAUUGUCGACGAUCCCAAACUCACGGACGAUUUAGAACCUCUAAGCAUAAGGAGAGACGUUGGCUCUCUGUGUGUUUUUUAUCGUCUAUACAACGGCGAGUGUUCUGAAGAACUAUUUGAUAUGACCAACGUGAGCCAUGUGAAGGCUAACCCCUAUCUAGGCCAGCGACCUGAAGUAGCCAAGGGAAGAAUAACCUUCCUCCCACCACGCCCCCGUCUUCCCCUAAGCGACCUGCCGAGUCUUUAA